UAUAUAUAUGUGUGUGUGUGUGUGUGUGUUAUAAAUAAAACAUAAUUCGCUGAUCCAUGGAGCUCCCAUGCACCAACAUCUCUUUCUAUGUACUCUUCCUUGGUUUAGUUACCUGCAUUUGGAAUCCCAUCUUGUGUUUAGAAGAAUGUGACUUCCCUGCCAUCUUUAACUUUGGUGAUUCAAAUUCGGACACCGGGGCCUUAUCUGCAACUACCUUGCUCCCUCCCCCUACUCUGCCUUUUGGAGAGACAUUUUUUCAUAUGUCUACGGGGAGGCUUUCUGAUGGACGCGUCCUCAUCGAUUUUAUUAGCAAAAGCUUUGGGCUGCCAUUUCUGCAUGCAUAUCUUGAUUCCUUGGGAGCCAACUUCUCGCAUGGUGCAAACUUUGCCACCUCAGGAUCCACCAUACAACCACCGAUUCAAGCUUUCCCGGUGCCCGGGGGAUACAGUCCAUUCUAUCUUGGAUUACAGUAUGACCAAUUAGAAGAAUUCAAACUCCAAUCACAAAUCAUCCGACAAAAAGGUGGAAUAUUUGCAAGUUUGGUGCCUAAAGAGGAGUAUUUUUCUAAAGCUUUGUAUACGUUUGACAUCGGUCAGAAUGAUAUUGGAGUAGCAUUAUUUUUGCGUAACAUGUCUAUACAACAAGUUAAAGCUUCUAUUCCUAAUUUCAUCAAUGACUUCGUUACAAAUCUAAAGGAUGUAUACAAGUUUGGAGGAAGAUCAUUUUGGAUUCAUAACACAGGACCAAUAGGUUGUUUAACUUCUUCUUUGGUGACCUCUCCUUCAGCCGAGAAGGACAGUGUUGGUUGUGUAAAGCCUUUCAAUGAAGUAGCUCAGUAUUUUAACUUUAAGUUGAAGGAAGCUAUAAGGCAAUUGAGGAUGAAUUUCUCUGAUGCUGCUUUCACUUAUGUUGACGUCUACUCUGUGAAGUACUCUUUGUUUCAAGACCCAAAAAAAUAUGGAUUUGAGUUUCCGCUGAUAACAUGUUGUGGCACUGGAGGCAUGUACAACUUUACUUUUGGUCUUCCAUGUGGACGAAGCACACUAGCCAAUGGCACACAAAUAUAUGUUGGUUCAUGCAAAAACCCUAAUGUUCGGGUGAAUUGGGAUGGUGGACACUAUACAGAGGGAGCUAACAAAUUUAUUUUUGAUCGAAUUUCAACCGGGGCAUUUUCAGACCCACCGGUUCCCUUGAGAAUGGCAUGCCACAAGACCACAGUUCCCAAGUAAAUGGAGCAAAUGUACUAGUUUUUGUAUGAUCUAAUCAGAAACAUGUUCAUUGUUUCUAUAAAUAUAUACGUAUUUGCAAUAAGGGUCUCCACCUUUUAUGUAUGGGUGGGGUUGCUACUAUUAAGAAAUAAAUAAGAAAUCCGAUGUAAUAUGCUAUGAAUAAAACUCUAUUUAACAUCCUUCCUAGUCA